GAAAGAGGAGGACAGAUAUUCGGGUUACACGGCGUUUGUGCUGCUUCCGGUCGGGGAGUGUUUGCUAGCUUCUCGGACUGUUUCGGUCAUGUUUCGGAAUGUUUUUGGUAGACUGCUGACAGAAACAGUGUGUGUUCGCCGCUGUGUGCAUAAGAGGCUGACCCCCGGCUGUGUGUCGCUGCGGAGCUUCUCAGGUCUGAAGGACGGAGAGCAGUUUGACCUCUCCCUGCUGGAGCUGCUGGUGUGUCCGCUGAGCAAGAAGCCGCUCAGGUACGCAUCUGAGACCAAUGAGCUGAUCAACGAGGAGCUCGGUAUCGCUUAUCCCAUCAUCGACGGCAUCCCCAACAUGAUCCCUCAGGACGCCAGGCUCAUACAGAAACACACAGCCCCCUCCACUACUCCAACGCAGGCGUAGAAACUCCGCCACCAGCUGACCCCACAGAGACUGUUAACAUUACAGUGUUUUAAGGCUCAAUUCUUCUGUACCUGCUGCGAUCAGACGCUUGUAAGCAUGUUCUCCCUGUCUGUGAUGGUGGGGCUGGUGCCGAUAGUGUCUCUCUUUGGUCUGUUCUACUCGGCUGCAGUGGAUGAGAACUUCCCUCAGGGCUGCACCAGCAGCAGCAGUGUGUGUUUCUAUAGCCUGCUGCUGCC